AUUUGGAUCCUUGAAUCGCUGGGAAAAAGCUCGGGUUGAAGGUCGACGUUGCCGCAACAACCCGCCGCUUCACUGCGCCAUUGCAAUCGCAAUUGGACGUCUACCAACAUGCGCAGGUGGGGAUCUGCCUAGACCCCUCAUCUCCCACCAUGCGGUCGCAGUUGACGCGCAAUGUGUACAUUCGACUGCUGGCCAGCCACGCCUCGCUCCGGCCAUGUUCCCCCCUCGCCGGCCGCUGCCUCGCCGUCGCCCUCCGUCCUCGCCAGUUCCCGCUGAUAACCCGCCGACAGCCCCGGAGAACAUUCUUCGGCAUCUUCCAAAAGCCGCCGCGGAUGUUGAAGGAGCCCGACCUGGAGCCCGGCUACGAGGUGCUGCUGCAGUUCAGGAGCUUUGAGGUCGAGAAUGCGCGGCCCCCCCCUCGGGCAGACCUGUUGAAAGGCUGGCGGCAGUUCAUUCAAUACAAGAGGCGGAAUCAGAACAGGCCGAUGAACUCGACACAAGCCUUCCUCACGCUCCGAUUACUCCAGCAUCUCGUGUCGGCAGACCCAGAGGCCGAAGGUUCCGUCGACGACCUCAGCUUCACAGACCUUCGCGCGGCUUUGUUGGUGAUAGCUACCAGGCCUCCAAAAGGCACGACCGAGCACCAUCUCGAACUCGCUCAGCUUCUCUAUGGAGAAAUCGAACGCAGGAUACAGAACAUGCGCGGGCAGGGUAUUGAUGAGGAGCUUAUCAAGGAAGCUGUUGGAGGAAAGGACACGGGCGACUUUGAGCUGUUUCUCACAGCACUCACACAGUACGGUGGCUCAUUGGAAGCCGCCCAAAGGCUGGCCCAAUUUCGGGGCAGCCUGGAAAGCGACAAAAAGGGGCAGGUGGCUCGCGUGAGGGCGUUUUGGACUUUGGUGUUGCGUGGCCUCGCUAAGGAAGGCCGCGAGGAGGAAUUGCUCCAAGAAUGGAAAAAAUACAAGGAGGCGAAGUUGGAGUAUAUGCCGCCGAUUCACGAGAUCAUGUCUACGUUCUUCGCGACACGGGACAGGGUCGAUGAGACAAAGCAAUGGUUUGAGAAGCCUAUACAUGCCAAAUGGUCUCCGAGUCCGAGGGCGUACAUGGAAGCCAUGAAGUUUGCCAUCCGCAACGGAGAGCAGCGGUGGCUUCAGCCCGUCUUUGAGAAGCUUAUCAACUCGAACCCGCAGAAGGACUGGUGGGACGUCAUCUUUCAGUGGGCCGUGCUGGUCAUGGACAAGGGGGUCGAAGACAUCAAGCAGAUGCUGCAGGUCAUGUCAACACCAGCCGACGGCAAAGAGGGCCCAAAACCGGACGCAGCAACCAUUGACGCCCUGAUUACGGCGGCCAUCGAGAAGAAAAACCCGUACCUCGCCGAGAGGUUCCUCUCCCUCGGCACUGAAUUAAAAAUCCGUCCCAGAGCAUCCACCUACAUCCUCCAGAUGGACUACCGACUAGACGCCAAGGACUUCGGCGGCGUACACGCCAUUUAUGAAAAACUCUUGAAGGGUGAAGUCACUGUCCCGCAGGACGAAGACCUCCCCGUCGUCAACAAGUAUCUCCGCGCCUUGUGCGCCGCGCCGGAACCCGACCUCGGCCGCAUCCUCGACAUCACCGCCGACCUCGAGCAGCGCCACGCGACGCUCGAGCCAGAAACCGUCGUGUCGCUCUGCAUGCUCUUCCUCCGCAAUGACAACCAGUACGACGUGAUCGACACCCUCUCCCUGCACACCGUAUCCUACAGCCUCGAGGAGCGCGUCCAGGUCCGCCGCGCCUUCAUCGAGUACUGCCUCGACCGCAAGGUCAGCACGGCCCGCGUAUGGGACUGCUACUCCCUCCUCCGCCAGUUCUUCCCGGAGACAGAACCCGACGAGCGCGUCCGCCUCAUGGACGCCUUCUUUGCGCGCCGCCGCCCGGACAUGGCCUGCAUCGUCUUCGGGCACAUGCGCGGGCAGGGCAACCUGGCGCAGCGGCCGACGGCCGACAUGUACGUGCGCUGCCUCGAGGGGCUGGGCCAGCACCCGGAUGCCGAGUCGCUCCGCAUGGUGCACAACAUGCUCAAGAUGGACACGACGGUGCAGAUGGACACGCGCCUGUACAAUGCCCUGAUGAUUGCUUACGCCGCGAGCGAGGAGCCCGACGUGGCGAUUGAGUUUUGGCGCGACAUCACCAAUUCGGCCGAGGGGCCUUCGUAUAAUAGUUUGGCGAUUGUGUUCUGGGCCUGCGAGCUGCAGCCGUACGGCGAUCGCACGGCCAGGGGCAUCUGGCAAAAGGUGUUGAAAAUGGAUCUCGAGGUGCCGCCAGAUGUGUUCUGGGCGUAUUGUGGUGCUCUUGCCGGGAGCGGGCAUCUCGAGGAGGUCAUGAGGUUGAUCAGCGGCAUGGAUGCCACCGUGGGGUAUGGGCCGGGGUUGAUGACAUUGGGAGUCACGUACAAUGCCCUGCCCGGGUCAAGCAAAAAGGACCAGUUUGAGGCGUGGGCGAGGGCCGAGUACCCGGACAUCUGGGCACAGCUCGAGAAGAAGGGCCGCAAGGAGACCAUCAUGGGCACCAAGUUCAACAUUGUCAGGGAUAUGAAGGCAUAAAAUCCGUGUGUUGCAGCGGUUGACAAAUGUUGUAUCAUGCUAGGUGGCAAUGUAAAAUGUGUACAUGUACAAGAACCUCUAUACAUCCGCAGGGACUCAUUGCAUGGCUGUCCGAUAUCGUACAGAUACAAGACUAUAAGGUCUGGUUUUUGGUUUU